CCCCGGCCCGCCCGCGCCCGCGGCUGCGGCUCCGGCCCCGCGGGGCGAGGAAGCGCCUGCUGCUGGCCCAGCUCUGCCUGCUGGGAGCCCUGCUCGCCCCGCUCGGGCCCCUCGGACGCUCCUCCGGACGCGCCCCCCCCCCACGGCUUUGACAUCCUGAGCUCCCCGGACACCUUCGAUAAAUGGGAUGGGAGGAGGUUGCUGGAGGCGGUCGAUCGGAACACUACUGAGAUUCCAGUCGACGCGGGCCACCUGCCCCGGAAGAACUGCACCGAACCAGCUCUCCAUGAGUUCCCCAGGGACAUCUUCACCAACGAGGAUCGAAGACGGGGCGCGGUGAUCCUGCACGUCCUCUGUGCCAUGUACAUGUUCUACGCUCUGGCCAUUGUAUGCGACGACUUCUUCGUGCCUUCCUUGGAGAAGAUUUGCGAGCGAUUACAUCUGAGCGAAGACGUGGCGGGAGCCACGUUCAUGGCAGCCGGAAGCUCUGCUCCUGAGCUGUUCACGUCCGUCAUCGGAGUCUUCAUCACCAAGGGAGACGUGGGCGUUGGAACCAUCGUUGGCUCUGCUGUAUUCAACAUCCUCUGCAUCAUUGGGGUCUGUGGACUUUUUGCAGGACAGGUUGUGGCUCUGUCGUCAUGGUGUCUCCUGAGGGAUUCAACAUACUACACGUUGUCUGUCGUGGCCCUUAUCGUGUUUAUUUACGACGAAAAGGUCUCCUGGUGGGAGUCGUUGGUCCUGGUUCUCAUGUAUCUGCUUUACAUCGUGAUCAUGAAGUACAACGCCUGCAUCCACCAGUGCUUCGAAAGGAGGAGCAAAAGCGCGGGGAACAUGGUGAACGGGCUGGCCACCGCCACCGAGCUGGAUGACAGCAGCAACUGUGACGCCACGGUGGUGCUGCUGAAGAAAGUCCGGAGGUCCCCUGAGGGGGCGGACCUAAGGACCGCAAUCCCCUUCCCCGUCUCUGUUUCCGUGUGCCCCUCGACGGCAGCCGAUUUCCACCGGAAGGCGUCGGUGAUCAUGGUGGACGAGCUGCUGUCCACCUGCCCCCACCAGCUGUCCUUCUCCGAGGCGGGGCUGCGGAUCAUGAUCACCAGCCACUUCCCUCCGAAGACCCGGCUCUCCAUGGCCAGUCGCAUGCUGAUUAACGAGAGGCAACGGCUGAUCAACAGCCGGACGUACGCGAACGGCGAGUCGGAGGUGGCCAUCAAAAUCCCCGUCAAGCACGCGGUGGAGAACGGGGCGGCCCCCGGCGGCAGCGGCCCCGAGCGGGCGGGGAACGGGACGCAGAGGGACCGCCGCCGGCACGACGCCGAAGACGACGACGACGCGGCCGGCCCUGGGGACGAAACCGAGAACGAGAACGAGGACAACGAGAACAACGAGAACGACGAGGAAGAGGAGGACGAUGAGGAGGAGGAGGAGGACGACGACGAGGACGAUGAGGGGCCCUACACCCCGUUUGACCCACCCUCCGGCACCCUGGCGGUGCUGAAGUGGCUGUUCACCUGGCCGCUCAGCCUGCUCCUCUACUUCACCGUGCCCAACUGCAACAAGCCGCGCUGGGAGCAGUGGUUCAUGGUGACCUUCGCCUCCUCCACCCUGUGGAUCGCCGCCUUCUCCUACCUGAUGGUGUGGAUGGUCACGAUCAUCGGCUACACCCUGGGCAUCCCCGACGUCAUCAUGGGCAUCACCUUCUUGGCAGCUGGCACCAGCGUCCCCGACUGCAUGGCCAGCCUCAUCGUGGCCAGACAAGGCAUGGGUGACAUGGCCGUGUCCAACUCCAUCGGGAGCAACGUGUUCGACAUUUUGAUUGGGCUGGGCCUCCCCUGGACCCUGCAGACCUUGGCUGUGGACUAUAAUUCCUACAUUCGGUUAAACAGCCGAGGGCUCAUCUAUUCGGUCGGCUUGCUGCUGGCGUCUGUUUUCGUCACAGUUUUCGGGGUCCACGUGAACAAGUGGAAGCUGGACAAGAAGCUGGGGUGCGUGUGCCUUUUCCUGUACGGCAUCUUCCUGUGCUUCUCCAUCAUGACGGAGUUCAACGUCUUCACCUUCGUGAACUUGCCCAUGUGCCGGGACCACUGAGCCACUCGGCGAGACUCCGCCAAGGGACCCUUCCUCCUCUCUGUGCAAUACGGAGCGCGGCUGGCGCCCCUCUCCCCCCCGUAGGGCACCUGGCCCCGAGAACCGGGGACGUUCGGUCUCCCCAGCCGGCUGUCCGUAGGGCCUCCUCCCGCCCGCCGGCCCCCCUCCCCCCCGACACCCUCGCCCGCCGCCCGGCCCGGCUCCCCCUCCUCGCAAGCCGUCGGGAUCGCCCCCGUCCACGCGAAGACUUUCACCGCUCACGCGAUGUCGGAGAGGGACCCGGGGGCCGCGGCCUCGGAGGCGAACCGGCUGCUAACUGGCCCUGCGCCAGGUGAAACUCGUUCCAAUUCCUCCUUCCUCUUUAAGUUAUUUGACGGACUCCCGGUGGGACGUACGACUCGGGACCGUCGGUGGAAGGGGCGGAGGAAGCCUCCCGGGGCGGUGUCCUUUCCGAGAGAAAUAUGGGGUUCUGGGCCCAGGGUGCGAAGGGCCACCUAGCAGAUCUUCUUUGUCCGGAGAGCGAGCCGGCUCCCGGCACGGCUCCUGACGACCCGAGCCCCCCUUGGGACCCGAAGUUGGCCGUGCGUUGCCCUGGGUGAUCGGGCCCAGGGGGUCUUGGGGCAGAAGGGGGGGGGGUCCCCCGGGAGUAGGGGAAGGAGGAAAUCCACCUGAGCCAGGGCCGGGGGUGGAGGGUCUCCAAGGAGCCGGGCCGGCUGCCGGCCUCCCUUCCACGCGGACCGGGGCCCGCGGCGUCAGCCCGAAGGUGGCCCGGUCCUGCAGAGACAGCCUCUCCCGCUGGUGAGUGAUUGAGAUUCCUUCUCUGUGGUUCCCACUCAUCCCGGCCCCAGGGAGUCACCCCCGCCCCCCCGCCCCCGCCCACACGCACCCCCUCCCCAUCCACCGCGUAGUCACUGAGUUCCCGACACUGGUCUCUGGGGAAAGAAAGACGCGUAUUUGCACGGUCCCGACCCGGAAAGCCACCGCUGCCGCUCGACACUGAGUACACUGGAUCCAGCCGGACCGUUUGGAGGGAUAGCUCUCCCGCGAAUGCGGCCCAACUGCCACCGGAGGGGUGGGGGGACGGGGAAGGAGAAGGAGGUGGCGCUUCGGAAGUGCAGAAUGUGUUUAACGCGGACUCGCUCGCGAGCGUAAUUUAUUGUGACAGUUUGGCCAACCACUGCUUGGAAUCACCCCGCUAGGUUUUAUAUGACGCUGUGUCGGUAUGCAGAAUCACUCCACGAGCUGAAUUACGCGUAUUUAUUGAAACUGUGCUGGCUGUGAGCACCCAUCACCUAUAAUUCACCCGCUGUGGCUACUCUCCCUCCCCUGUAGACUUUGGAGGAAAUUGCUGCGAGCGGCACGCGGCCGCCUAGGGAAGCGCUCUGGUGUGCGAACAGAAGGCGGUGGGGCGGGGUGGGGGGUCACCGGCAGUCAGAGCACGAGGGUCCGCACACCUGGUUCUUAAAUAGGGGGAGUUCCACCCGCACCCGUUGCACAUAGCACUCGAUUAAUUUAAAUGCGUUUCCUCUGGGCAGAUCGAGAGGGCGGGCAGCGUAAAGCCAGCGUCCCUGUUCUUUCUUCCCAUGAAAUUCUUCUUUCCCGCUUGUGGGCCUCUGCGAGGAACCAGCGAAAAUGGGGGGCACCCAUAUCAGAAAAGAUGCUUGCGCGUUCUCUGCUUCUGCCUUGAUUGACCUGGAGAGAAGCCGGGUAGAAGGUGGCCUAGAGCUUUUCCAGCCCGCGGGAUGGGUGGUAGACCACAGAGCGGACGGGUGGACACGGAUCCCCCGAGGUCCCUCGGGGACCCUCUCCCCUUGUCCUAAAAACGGCUCGGUCCUCAAACAGGAAGGUAUCUGAAUCACUCCGUCUCGGCCGGAAGGUCUCGGUUGCAUUUUGGCUAACGAGGGCUCACGGUCACGAACCCUCACCCGGGUGGGAUAGGACCACCCCCAAAGGAGGGGAAUCUUCCCCACCCGGGGCCAGGGGCCCCGUGUUCUCGGUCCUACCCGUGAUCAUGGCACUGGACACUACGAUCAGAUGUGUCCUUCCCCUCCGGCCGAAACUCCGGUCCGUUCUGAGAGCUGGUGCCCGGGAGAGCCUAGAAGAACCACCGGGGUCCGGGGUUUGGGCUCCAGCCCGGCCUCGGAGACGUUUCUCGGCGAGGGUCCCCCGUCCCGCCCCCCACCCCGGCUCCGACCCACCGAGGUAGAUUGCGAGAUCUCCCCUCCCGUUGUGCAUUCCUCCAGAUCCUAGCUUUGCUGUGUAUGUUUACAAUAAAAUACAUCGUGGCCAUAUUUGUGCAUUUUGCAACUAUUCCAUGUAAAGUGCCAAAGUACGUAAGUUACCCUGAAUCGCUCCUGCGGAAGCUCCGUCAGUCGAGCGCCGCGGGGGAUCGUGGUUGGAGUGAGCCGAUCCCCCGGCCCCAAGCCGUUCAUUGGCACCGGCCUGAUUUGAUUAGCCUUCUCCCGGCCCCUGAAAGAGACUCUCUUCAGGUGGUCGGGGGAGAGGGAGGUGAACUGCCGGGGUCUCCUUGUCUGUUGGAGCAAAUGCUGGAGUUUCCCACCCAAAAUGUGACUCCCACCCACCUCCCCGCUCCGUCCCGGGCACCAACCUCAGGUGGGCCACUGCCCCAGCGAGGGGACCCCGGAAGUUGCGGCCUGACGACCGGACCCCCCGAUAGCCGGGCGGCCCGGUCCGCCCCCUCAGACUGUGGUUGUGACUCGAGGGUCUGUGAGGGGCCUUUAUUUGCUUGGCCAUCAGGUCUUUCCCACGCACGCACCCCAAGGUGUUCUGGGCAAAUGCCCGGAAAAACCUCCAAGAUUCAAAAGGCAGUUUAGGUAGGGCAGGAGGAGAAGCGGAGGCGGCUUGGAGAGUCACCAUCUAAACCGGUCACGUGGCCAAGUGAAACAUCCGAGUCCCACUCAAAUACGGGUUUAGCCCUGGGCUAUGUCCUUUCUUCCCCCUCCUUGCUCCUUCCAGCGGUGGGACCCAGAAAAGACGAGAGGGAGCGGGGACGGGCGGAUCCCGAUCGGAUCGGCCCUGUCCCAGCCCGACCCGACCCCACGCAAGCCCUGCCGGUGGAAGCCUCGGGUCAGGCUCGGAGCCUGCAGACCGCGGGGGGAGCCCGGGCCUCAGCCGUGAGAGCGACUCUGCUGGGCGAGAGAAAACACCUCGGGUUCCAGAUCCCAGAGAGAACAUUCUGAGGCCUGAUCGUGAGAAAGGCCGGCCCCUGCGUUUUCCCAAAUUGCAUCCAAUCCGUGACUCCACCUGUGAAGUGGCGGUCGGAGCCCGCCAAGUGGGAGGUGGUUGGGAAAGGGGGUUUGCAUUGGCUUUUUUGGGUCUCUGGGCCCCGAGCUCUGUGGUCAGCGCCAGUCUCAGCUCCACGUUCAGCUCUGCGUCGGGCUUGAAGUCGGUCGUUCACGGCAGAUCCUCUCACGGAAACCUCCGUCACCGAGCUAAACCGAGAGGCCUCGGAUGUGGGGCGGAGAGCCUCGGCUGCUGAGGGGGUCCACCAGGUUCCUCCACCGUCCACCAGAUCCUCCGGGUUGGGACGAGGGAACAUCCCGGGGCAGGAUUGGGGGAUUUUUUUUCAUCUAUUCAUCAAUCCUUUCCCGUUCGAUUGAGGGUACAUAAAUUAGAAUAUCUCCACCCAGUUUGAGCAAACACUUUCUGAUCCCUGACUUUCUCAAACUGGGGUUAGGGGCUACCCUCUGGCUGGCCCCCACUGGUUAUAAUCUUUGCCCUCCCCUUGACCCCCUCUUUGACUGCCUUUUGUCAGUCCAAAUCCUCUGCCCUUUCUCAACCCACUGGGCCCGCGCCUCGCCCACCCAGCCCUCGGCCCCCCAGGGCACCCCUCCUUGUACCUCCUUUUCCGAUCUACAUCCGACCUGCUUCACUCCUCUCUCUGAGGUGCGUAGGGGGGCUCGUGGAUAGUUUGGGGGUCCGUUUCUAGGGUCCUUCGUCCCCUCCCUUGCCCGUGGGACUGGUUUCCUGAAACUCACCCCCCGGUAGAUCCUACAGACUUCUCCCAGGUUGGGGAGGCAGGCAGCGAAAGCCGGAAAGUGGGGAGGGGUGGGGGCGCGGUGAUCUCCGUCCCCUGCGCUUUCCAGUUGAUUUUAUAUCCUGGGAGGUCAUUUGUAGGAGAGAGGUCAGUAGGUCCAACUUCCACCAACUCUCAGAACGCGCCGGUUAAGGACUGUCUGGAACGUGUAUAUAGCAACGUCCGCCACCUGAGAACCUUGAAACUUAAAGGAGCUCGAAGGUAGUGGUUCUUUUGGAAGCAGAAGUCGAUGGCCCGAUAUUUUGUUGAGACCGAGUCUUUAAGGAAGAGAGUGUGCGGUGAUCUCUCUCUUUUUAAGGUUUACUUUCUGGGAAUAUGUAAUCGGGUGGUAUUUCUCUGCCCAGAUUUUUGUGGGAGGCUGUGUACAUAAAUAGGAUGCGUCUUUGUACAUACAGUUAUGCUCGUACGUUAAGUAUUUUUCUAUUCAGCGAAGCAGUUUGGUUCUAGCGAUUUCCCAUGGGAACAGAAACCGUAGCCUACUUUUUCGUCACCCACCGACUGCCCUGACGGGUCUGGGCUAGGAUCCGCUGUGGCUUGGGCACCUCCCGUGUUUCUAUAAUCCUGUGGCCCUAGAGGAAUCCCGAUAUGCGUGUGCGUGCAACGAUGCGCUUUCCGCACCCAGGCUCAUCCCUCUUUGUAGCAGCUCCAGAUGAAUCCCCCGCCGUCCCGCCCGUUACGAUCGCUCUUUUUUCCAGAGAAGAGCAGCCAGAGGCUCGGCCUUGGGUCCGGAUUUCAGAUCCUGGACACCGAACCGGCUCUCCGGCCAGCUUCUAUUCUCUGGCGGUCGGAGCUGGAAUGCUCCGACCGUUUCCGUCGCCUGCAGCUCGGGUGGCGGUUCUCCGGGAGCCGACGCCUUCCUCCUUGCCUCUCGUCGAUAGACCGUAGUCCGUGUUCUUCCCGGCUCUGCCCACUUAACCCUUCCUGACAAAAACGGCCGCGUCACACCUAGAAGCGUGGCCCGGCAGCUGUGGCUGACGGAGCCUGGCCGGUGGGCCCCGGCCGCUAAACCCGGUGGCGGAGAGGGCGAAGUAGAGGGAACGGGGGCCGUCCUUGAGCCGUCCCUUCCCCGCCCCCGCAGAGCAUCUCUGGGGCCUGCCCUUAUGGAGGAGAAGGCACAGAUGAAGUCUGUGCCCAAAUCAAAGCAUCGAAUCACAGGAACUGAAAAUGGGACAGCGACGCCUGCCCCGGGCUGAGGGCCAAACAGUGUCCCGGGCUGGGGAAACUGGGUACAGCCCAUUCUGUUCUCUCAGGGAGGCUGUGCUCGGCGCUGGCUGGAGCUCCUGAGGAAAACACUGUUCCUUUGUGACCCACGACCACUUCCCUCAGCAGCACCGGAGGGAGAUCGGAGGCCGAGAGGGAUCCUGUGGCAGUCAGAGUUGGAACGAUGGUUUCAAGGGAGUUCUCAGGAGGAGAGUUUUGACUUUUGAAGCCAAGAGCCACUAGCGUGCCAUGUCCAACCCGGCUUAGACUGGACCUACCUUCAUCUGAAUUCCAGCCUCCGGGGCAGAGGUACUUCAUUUUCCAAGGACAGAAUUCAGGCGAAGGUGGCCAAAAGCCGAGGGGCAGCACCCCGACGGCUCGCCGGUCGGUCGACCCCCGGACCAGAUUCGGUUCGGGCACUGGGAUGAGUUGGGUUGGCCCGUGGAUGAGGAGCUGGCGUGGAGUUUGCCACGAGGGAAUCGUGUGAGACGCCAGCUCCGGAACGUAGAGCGGCGGACCCGUCUUUAAAGGUCCGCGUUAGCUCUGCGGCCCCCCCCAGAGCCGGUCUUCCGCCCUCGAAACCGGGGACAGUGGCAUUCGCCGGGCGGGAGCCGUAGGGCCGAGAGACUUAGGAAAUGUUUCCUGCCAAUGAGGUCCAGUCUUCCAGGAGAUGGCAGAAUCGCCAUUUCUGUGAGCCCCGAAGCAGGUGACGCUCCCGUCUUUCUGGGGUGGUCACGAGUUGAGAGGCCGGGGACGGGAAGAUUCUUUUUUUCCCGGCCGCCUCGUGGAAGGGAAGCGCACCGUUCUGAGACUCUCGGAGAAAUCGGUACCCACGUGGCUGCUGGCGUCAAAGUGGUUGAUUUUAGACCUGACCCACCUAGUCCUCAUCGGGUCUGGAUUCCCCUGUUCACGGUGCGGACGUGCAAGGCAGCGAUAUGUUAAAACCGAUAGAUGAGGCAAUAAAAAACUUCCCCUCCCAAACGGUUCAGUGGAAAAAGCUUUUCUGUUCGAAAUGAGGAGAAGGGAACUGGGACAGGGUGAACCUAAUGUGCCUUGGAUUGGAAAUGAGGAAAACAAAAUUGUUAAACCGAUUUCUAGCUUCUUUAUAGAGUCUUUUCAAAGCGGCAAUACCGGCCCGGAUUUUUAAUUCCCUUUCUAUUCAUUUUUCCUGAAAGAAAUUGGAUUGCCCUGCGAUCUUAGCCCUGGCUGGCCGGGUCCACGUGGAGACACCCACCCCAGCGAGAGAGCCAAUGGUGGAGCCCAUCAUUCUCGGCCCCCCUACACCUGACUCUGGCAGGAUGGGUGACCCUCCCCUCCACCAGGCUCCCCUUAGUGACGCUCUGCACCUCGGCCAGCCCCUCCCCAGAGUCCUAAGAAGCUCUGCCAACCUUCCACUGUAAAGAAUCCAUGCUGCCAGAGGGGCCCCGCACGACUUGGGCGGAGCGUGGGGCGAGAUCUUGGGGAGAGGAGUGGGGUAAAGGGUGCCCGUGUGGGCCCUGCCCCUCCCCGAGUGGCCCCGCUCCACUGGAGCCCUCCCUCAAGCCUCACUUCCUGCCCCUCCCAGUGAACAACACUCCUGUUGUUUGAGGUGACAGGGCUGAUGCGACUGGCGGGGAUGUCAGUGACUCAGGUGUGCAACCAUCCCCCUUUUACUCGCCACCCUACAUGAUGGCAGCUCUCAAGAAACCCCUUGCUGGGAGUGGUGGAGGCCUCCCCCGGGGUGGGGGUCCAGGGCACUUGCCCCAUCGUCCCCCAUGCUCCCCACAUCAGCCACCGGAGACCCACCCGAUGGGUCCAUUUAGCCAGCUCCCACCUCUUGCCCAGGAUCUGAUUCAAUAUGCCCACAUUCGGUGGGUAAGGUCGCUAGGGACAACGUUUUUCUAAGGCGCCGGAGGCUAGCCUCGCCAAAAUGGUGACUGGUUGACCAGGUCACCAUGGUGACGGAAGGAAGUAAGCGCUUGCUUUACCCUGUGUGGGGGCUAAACGAGAAAGUACCAUUUCUGACCUGGCCCGCGGGUGCCACGGUAGCAAUAAACAAUCCAUCUUUCCCCACGGAGGUGUUUCUUCCCAUCGAUAGAGAGGUGGGGGAGAGAGCCAAGUCUGGGUUAAGAACGGAGGCCGAUCCCGUCUCUCGGAAAACUGCCGAGGGUCCCCGGAAGCACCGGACCCCCAAAUGGGGCGGCGGUCCUGUCGGCCGUCGUGCUGUUCGGGCCGCCCUCGGUCCUUAGCCGUCGCAAGCGGGGAAACCCCGGCCGGUUGGCUGAGGGAGGAGAGAGGCCGGGGAAGUGGAGACUCCUUCUCUUCCUUCCGCCGUGCUCCUUCCCGGCUCUGAGAGGCUCCUUGUUUGUUCUGUGCCCUGAGCUGGCGAACAGCUGCCCAGAACCGGAUGUAGCCCGCGGUGGGGCUUCACCGCUCCCCCGCAGGCCUGGCUGACUACUCAGCGGAGCACAACUCUUGCUACUGAGGCACGGUACUUUAUUACCUAUUUAUGGAGAGGAGAGAAGGGCAGAGGGAACCUAUAUAGGUCACUGAGUCGUGGCGGGAUCACACCUGUAGUCACAGUCCUGUCAGAUGAAGGAUCAGGUAGAGGCCGUUUUUUUAACGGAAAGUCAACCGUCCAUCGGAAAGCUCUUUAGAGGAUUUGCCUUCCCAGAGAAGGCAGACUUCGAAGAUAGAGUUUGCACGCUGCGCAGUUUCGUUACCGCGUCGAGGGGUCUGGGGGGAACACGACGGGAAUCCGUUAAAGGCGCAAGGAGUUUCCUCCGAUGCCGAGAAGGACCGGGGACCGAGAAGGCCGCGAGGCUCGGGUCUGGCCAAGGGUCCCGCAGCGAGUCGGGCUCUGCCGGUCUGGAGCUGGGGUCGGAGAGCUCCCCGCAGCUCGCCCGACUCGGGCUGCGGUCACAGGGUGGUGGGCGGGGCACCCCCAACUCAGAAAUGGUCCCCGCUCUCUGUGGGACGUCGCACGUGUGUGAGGGAGACACCCGACCAGCUAGAACAGUAGUAACUCCCGGAAGCCCUCGGGGCCGACACACGUGCACGGUGGCUCGCUCACUCUCUCUCACACAUACACACACUCGCUCACACACCUGUGCAGCUGGAACCAUCUCCAAGGCCAGCUUGGGGAUCCAAUGUCAUGGCCUGAGUCUAUCUUGGGAAGGAAAAGUUCCAAGGACCCGGCCCCGGGCGGGGCUGGCUCCGGGAAUAGGGUGUCUCGCUUUGGUACCGAGCAAGGACGGCCAGCCGCAUCUUUGCUCUCCAACGGCUGCUGUAUCGUGAUCGGCCAAAGCCAGGUUGGGCCGGGGACAGGCUCGCCCGAGCCUGCCCUCUCGCAUCUUCCCCAGACAGCAUGGGACUCCGAGAGGCGGGACCGUAAGUUCUUGGAUAGAUUUUAGGCCUUAUUUUUUAAAAUUUAUAAAUAUAGAUUUAUAUUCGGGUACAAAUGCAUUAUGUACUUUUAACCCAGUAGGUUCUCCAUUUUUAAAGCAAAGCUGUGUGGUAGCUGGCUGCCAACUCAAAGAGAAGAAAAACAUAUAUGGCUCACGGGCAAGACGGGAACCGAUAUCGGUAUUUAAAAUUCUGUGCGCGCGUGUACGUGGGGGUUGAGGGUGCGGGUGUGUUCUUGCAUGCGUGUGUCUAAAAGAUGGGAUCUAGAAAUUCUCCGGGUUCGGUAUCAGGAAGCUUAUUCAAAAUACGGAUCGACCCAAAGUUGAAGCCGUCCGUCAGGAAUCGACAGAACUUCACACCCGUCUUUUUUCUAAAACUCUGUUUCCUUUUCUGAAUGUAAUCACCUAAGGCUUAUGGUGGAAGUCAGGAAACUGUACACUGAGAUAUUUAUACCUGCGAUUUAUUUAUUUAUUUAUUGAUGCGUCUAACAAAGAGAAUUGAAGAUGUGAUGAGCUGUUGUAAUGCAUUCACGUCCUCUAGGUGGGCGUCGAGAAAAAUAAAAUGUAACUAGAUGAAAAGUCAUGUAA